AUGGGCUCUGGCAUCAGCCAGCGGAGCCCGCGUUUCUCUGCUGAUGGCUCCCCUUUCCUGCCAGCCGAACACUACAGCUAUGUGUCCUCCACCGUCAGCCCUGCCCUGCCGCUGCCCACGGCCCACUCCUCCCUGCCAGCUCCGUGCCACGACCUGCAGACCUCCACCCAGGGCAUUUCAGCCAUCCCGCCAACAAGCCUCCCCACGGGAUAUGGGGGAGCGGUGGAUGGUGGGCCCUCGGGUUACUUCCUGUCCUCUGGCAACAUCAGGCCCAAUGGGGCCCCAGCUCUGGAGAGCCCCCGCAUUGAGAUCACCUCUUACCUGGGCCUGCACCACCACAACACCCCAUUCUUCCACGAUGUGGAGGUGGAGGACGUCAUUCCCAACUCCAGGCGGUCCCCGGCCACAGCCACGCUGAGCCUGCCCGGCCUGGAGGCCUACCGGGACCCCUCGGGCCUCAGCCCGGCCAGCAGCCUGUCCUCACGCAGCUGCAACUCUGAGGCCUCAUCCUAUGAGUCCAACUACUCCUACCCAUAUACGUCCCCACAGACGUCCCCAUGGCAGUCACCCUGUGUGUCCCCCAAGACCACGGACCCCGAGGAUGGCUUCCCCCGUGGUCUGGGGGCCUGCACGCUUCUGGGCUCACCACGGCACUCCCCAUCCACCUCACCCCGUGCCAGUGUCACUGAGGAGAGCUGGCUGGGUGCACGCAGCUCACGGCCCACGUCCCCCUGUAACAAGCGCAAGUACAGCCUCAACGGCCGGCCACCCUGCUCGCCCCGCCUCUCACCUGCACCAUCCCCGCAUGGUUCCCCACGGGUCAGCGUGACCGACGACACCUGGCUGGGCAGCACCACCCAGUACACCAGCUCAGCCAUCGUGGCAGCCAUCAAUGCCCUGACCACUGAUGGCAGCCUCGACCUGGGUGAUGGCGUCCCAGUCAAGUCCCGCAAGACAGCACCAGAACCUUCGCCUUCAGUGGCGCUCAAGGUGGAGCCUGCCGGGGAGGAGCUGGGGACACCACCGCCCACCGUGGACUUCACACCUGAGGACUUCUCCGGCUUCCAGCACAUCCGGAAGGGCGCCUUCUGUGAGCAGUACUUGUCAGUGCCUCAGCCACCAUACCAGUGGGCCAAGCCCAAGUCCCUGUCUCCCGCGGCCUACAUGAGCCCGUCCCUGCCUGCCCUGGACUGGCAGCUGCCAUCACACUCGGGCCCCUAUGAGCUUCGCAUCGAGGUACAGCCCAAGUCCCACCACCGUGCCCACUACGAGACCGAGGGCAGCCGGGGAGCUGUGAAGGCAUCGGCUGGAGGACACCCCAUUGUGCAGCUCCAUGGCUACCUGGAGAGUGAGCCACUCACGCUACAGCUGUUCAUUGGGACAGCGGAUGACCGGCUGCUGCGCCCACACGCCUUCUAUCAGGUGCACCGCAUCACAGGCAAGACUGUUUCCACCACCAGCCACGAGGCCGUGCUGUCCAGCACCAAGGUCCUGGAGAUCCCGCUGCUGCCGGAGAACCACAUGCGUGCCAUCAUCGACUGCGCUGGGAUUCUCAAACUCAGAAACUCUGACAUCGAACUUCGCAAGGGAGAGACAGAUAUCGGAAGGAAGAAUACCCGGGUGAGGCUGGUGUUCCGUGUCCACGUCCCACAGCCCAAUGGCCGGACGCUGUCCCUCCAGGUGGCCUCGAACCCCAUCGAAUGUUCCCAGCGCUCGGCCCAGGAGUUGCCCCUGGUGGAGAAGCAGAGUGCAGACAGCUGUCCAGUGGUCGGCGGAAAGAAGAUGGUACUGUCUGGUCACAACUUUCUGCAGGACUCCAAGGUGGUCUUUGUGGAAAAAGCCCCAGAUGGCCAUCACGUCUGGGAGAUGGAGGCAAAGACCGACCGAGACCUGUGCAAGCCAAACUCCUUGGUGGUGGAGAUACCGCCAUUCCGCAAUCAGAGGAUAACCAGCCCCGUGCAAGUCAGCUUCUACGUCUGCAACGGGAAGAGAAAAAGGAGCCAGUACCAGCACUUCACGUACCUUCCUGCCAAUGUUCCAAUUAUAAAAACAGAGCCCACGGAUGACUACGAGCCCGCUCCGACCUGCGGACCAAUGAGCCAGGGACUGGGUCCCCUCCCGAGACCUUACUACAGCCCGCAGCUGGCCGUGCCACCCGAGCCUGGCUCCUGCCUCGUGGCAGGUUUCCCAGCCUGUCCGCAGAGAGGCUCGCUGAUGCCGGGACCCCCUGGAGCGGGCCCCAAGCUCCAUGACCUGUCCUCUGCCACCUACACCAAGGCCAUGGCCAGCCCAGGCCACUGCCCCCUGGGGCUCCCACAGCCAGCCGGAGAGGUCCCCGCCAUCCAGGAUGGGCCACGGCCCGUAGCCGUGCACCCCGGCUCACCCGGGCAGCCGCCCCCCACCGUGCUGCAGCCGCAGGUGAGUCAGCCUCCGGGCAGCCACGUCCCUGGGCUCCGGCACGUACUCCGCCCCAGCAGCCCCUCUUCUCCGUGCCUACCCGCCACCCAGGAGCCACCCUGCUUGCAGCUCUGCAGCGCCGCGUGCCCACCUGCCACGGGCCGCCAGCAGCCCCCGCUGCCGAAGGUCCCCAGGGACGAGUCUGCAGCCGCCCAGCCACGGUCGCCGCCCGAGGUGCGUGCGGACGGUGGCCCUGGCUUGGCCCCCAUUCCUGUAACCGUCAAGCGGGAGCCUGAAGAGUUGGACCAGUUGUACCUGGACGACGGUAAGUGCCGCAGCCAUGCACUGCACCCACCUGGCCGCAUCGUGCUCAGAGGAGAGGUGUAUGGGUUGGCCGCCGGCACUGUCACACAGGUGCCGGGUGUGGGGACACUGUGCGGCACCCAUGUUGGGCAGUGGCAGCCAUGUGGGCACUGGUUGCUGGCUCUGCUCCAGGCACCUCUCCACGGGGCUCUUGCUGGGCCCUCAGCCACGGGCUCCUGUGAAGCUUGCCUGGGGGCUGAGGAUGCCCGGGUCACUGUCUGCCGUUGA